UUGCUUAACUUUUUUUCCCUAAAAAUUUACAUGUGACAUCUGGAUGUGACUAAGAACCCAUAGAGUUUUUGUUGAGAUUUUUUCUGACAUUUGAAAAAAUAUUUUCACGCGCAGAAGCAUAUGACUUGAUUUGCAGAGCAAGUAUUGUUCCUAACUCCACAAUGACUUGCACCUGCUUUUCAUUUUCACAAUGCCUUGUUUCUUGAGCACGUCCACCUACAUGCAGCAGACGCCUCGCUUGGCGCGGCGCUCCAAGAUCCGACCUUAAAACUAGAGCAAUGCCCCGCGCAUGAUCUUUCUGCCAAUCACUUGUAAUUCGAGUACGGUAAUCGGCGAGUUUCACGCUAUAAAUCGAGAGGCCCGCCGGAUCACUCUUGCCAUCGUACAGCGGCGCAGUGUAGUUCGAUCUUCCGCUCCCGUCUAUCUGCGAUCGAUACUUGGCUGUCCAUGGCGUCAUCGUUGGUGUGGUCGAGGCGGGCGCUGGUCGUGGUCGCGGUGGCUGCGAUGGUGGUGGCGGCGCGGUCGUCGGAGGCGGCGAGGAGCGGCGGGGCCGACGAAGACGAGCUCCGGUUCCCGGGGUUCCCGGGCGGCAGGCCGCGCAACCCCGGCUUCCCGGGGGUGCCCGGGGGCAGGACGGCAUCGCCGCCGGCGGCCCGCUUCAAGCCGUCCUCGCCACCACCGCCGCCGCCGCCGUUGCAGUCGUCGCCCGCUACUAUCCCGCCGUGCAGCAGCGGGGCGCCCUCGCAGCCGGCGCUGCAGCCGCUGCCCGGGUUCCCAGGCCUGCAGCAGCCAGGCAACGGCGGCGGGUCGUCGUCCUCGUCGCCGGCUGACUGCGUGACGCCGCUGGCGGGGCUCAUGACGUGCGCGUCGUUCCUGACGGGGAGCGAGCCGGAGACGCCGACGCCGCAGAGCGAGUGCUGCAGCGGGCUGGGCAUGUUCCUCAACAGCACGGCGGCGGUGGACGACCGGUCGCUGCGGUGCCUGUGCCCGGUCAUCCUCGGCGACGUCAACCGCAUGCUGCCCAAGCCCAUCGACCCCGUCCGCAUGAUGUACCUCCCCAUCUCCUGCGGCGUCGUCCUCCCGCCUCAAGUCCUCUUCAUCUGCUUCACUGGACAGCCAACGCCACCAGUGGUCUCGCGCAUCCCUGACUCCUGGAUGACGCCAGCUUCAUCAGCUUUGACACCUUGAUUGAUGCCAACCGGAUCAGGGAUUCAGAUACAAUUAAGUAUCUCAAGUUAAUUUAUGCCUAUUGGCAGAUGAUGCUCUAUGUCUUGAAUUCAGAUGCAGUCAUGAAAAAAAGUAUAUAGGCUGCAUCACCUGUGCCGGAAACUAGUAAACAACUUACCAUACAGCUGACCUAGAUUGGUCAGUGCAUCAUGUGCCUUGUAAGAGAUGUACUUUUCCAUUGAAAACUAUACAUAUAUAAAAGAGCAGAUUGUAUUCAAGUGCUCAGCUUUGAACGAGAAGAGUGUGAUCUCAAGUGGACAAAGAAAACCGAAGGAUGCAAAAAAACAGGUCAACCGCAACAAAGAACAUUAUCGGCAUAGUUUAACAUUACGAUUUUGCGCAAAUACAGAUGAAACUUUAUUAUACCUGUGAAUGUGACACGGGAAACUUUACCGCACAACCAAAAUGACAUUUGACGACGAUAUGAUAUAUGCUCGUACUUUUGAGUAAUAUACUUAGUUUCAAUCUGUUGCCAUCAAUGGCUAAAUACAUGAACUAAUAUUCCCGUAACAACAUGAUUAUGAUGAUAAAUACAUCACAUCUAUAUCGAUGCAUUCAUCUUCAAACAAAUUAAAUGACCUUUGACCGAAAAGAUGUGGUAAACUGCAUCCAAGUUCACCAUAUGUGGUAGAUAACAUCUUCUCAUGG